AUGCACACACAAUUAGAUCUUGUUACUCCGGAACAGGACCAGCUGGCGCAGGAAAAGCACAAGGCGCAGCAGCAGAAAGCGAUGGAAAUGGCAAUGGAAACCGAGAGGGAGAAAUUCGAAAUGGACAUCAGAUUUUUACGUGACGAGCUGAAAAUUUUAAAGGAUAAAUGCAAGAAGGAAAAACAGGACGAGGACAAGAACUAUGGCUCAGAUGAGUCGGAUACACAACGGCUGGCGAAGGAAAACCGAGAUCUGAAGGAGAAUAUUAGCUCGCUACAGGAACAACACAAAGCGGACUUAAAAGCCUUGAAGAAAGCCGAGGCUGAGAAGAUGAAGGAUGCUAUUGCUAGUUUACAGGCUAAAUACGAGGAGAUGAGUGGGAUAUUUAACGCGAGGGAGGCUGAGAUUCAGAAGUUGCAGAUGGAAAAUAGCCUUUGAAGGAACAGG